AUGACGACAAUGGAGCAGCGGAGAAACCAGAAUGCUGUUCAACAACAGGACGAAGAAGAGAUCCAGCACGGCCCUUUUCCCGUCGAACAGCUUCAGGCGGCAGGUAUAGCUUCUGUUGAUGUAAAGAAGCUUAGGGAUGCUGGUCUCUGCACUGUUGAAGGCGUUGCUUAUACUCCUAGGAAGGAUCUCUUGCAGAUUAAAGGAAUUAGUGAUGCCAAAGUUGACAAAAUUGUAGAAGCAGCUUCAAAGCUGGUUCCUCUGGGUUUCACUAGUGCUAGCCAGCUGCAUGCCCAGAGACAGGAGAUCAUUCAGAUUACCUCUGGAUCAAGGGAGCUUGACAAAGUUCUUGAAGGAGGGAUUGAAACUGGAUCCAUUACUGAGUUAUAUGGAGAGUUCCGCUCUGGGAAGACUCAGUUGUGCCAUACACUGUGUGUAACAUGUCAACUUCCCAUGGAUCAAGGAGGUGGAGAGGGAAAGGCGAUGUACAUUGAUGCCGAGGGAACAUUCAGGCCACAAAGACUCUUACAGAUAGCUGACAGGUUUGGACUAAAUGGAGCUGAUGUACUGGAAAAUGUUGCCUAUGCUAGAGCGUAUAAUACUGAUCAUCAGUCAAGGCUUUUGCUUGAAGCAGCAUCAAUGAUGAUUGAAACAAGAUUUGCUCUCAUGAUUGUCGAUAGUGCUACCGCUCUCUACAGGACAGAUUUCUCUGGAAGGGGAGAGCUUUCGGCUCGACAGAUGCAUCUUGCAAAGUUCUUGAGAAGUCUUCAGAAGUUAGCUGAUGAGUUUGGAGUAGCUGUUGUCAUAACAAACCAAGUAGUUGCGCAAGUAGACGGCUCUGCUCUUUUUGCCGGUCCACAAUUUAAGCCGAUUGGUGGGAAUAUCAUGGCUCAUGCCACCACAACAAGGUUGGCUUUGAGGAAAGGAAGAGCAGAGGAGAGAAUCUGCAAAGUGAUAAGCUCGCCAUGUCUGCCUGAAGCGGAAGCUCGAUUCCAAAUAUCUACAGAAGGUGUAACAGAUUGCAAGGAUUGA